CUUUCUAAUCUCCUGCGCUACAGACGCACCAAAACAAAAAAGGAAGAAAAAAAGGAAAGAAAAAAGGGGUUAAGAUGGUUUGCUCAGUCCCAAUUCUCAAACCCUAGAAGCUGUAAACUUGAAGAGGCUCAGAAGAGAGUGGCAGUGAAAGAGUGACUGAGUGACUAUCGUUCUCUGUAAUCUUCACUAUUCAAAGUAGAGAGAAGAAGAGAAGGCUUUGGAUUUACACUUCACAUAGUUGUUCCAAAAACGUCGUUUUUUUUGUUGAAAGAGAAAAAACGUCGUUUGAAAUCACUGUGCAUUUAUCACUGAAAACACUAUGACGGGUCGGGGCGGAGGUGGAAGGGACCGGUUUCGGAUGGAGCAUCCGGAAAAUCGAGGGGGUGGCGGCGGUCCCCGGCGUUUCGACUCCAAGAAUGGCAAAGCUCCGCCGUCCAGACACCUCUGGGUUGGGAACCUCUCUCAUAGUAUCAUGGAGAACGACCUCACUGAGCACUUUCUUCAGUUCGGGGAGCUCGAAAGCGUGGCCUUCCAGCCCGGCCGGAGUUACGCCUUUCUUAAUUUCAAGAGGGAAGACGAAGCAAUUGCCGCCAUGGAGUCCCUCCAGGGUUUUCCUGUUGCAGGCAACCCGCUGAGGAUCGAGUUUACCAAGGCGGAUAAAUCAUCAGCACCAUCGCGUGACGAAGAUUACUCCCAACGUCGAGAUGAACAACGUUCAGCUCUAAGAGGAUCUCCUUUCUUGCAAAGGGAGUCUAGAGCACGUCAGGCUAGUCCUGAGCAAUUUUAUCAGGAAAAAUCCAAUAUGAAUGAUAAGAAUGCAGAGCCUAGUGCAGUUUUAUGGAUAGGGUUUCCAGCUUUAUUGAAGGUGGAUGAACUGAUAUUAAAGAAGGCUUUCUCACCAUUUGGUGAGAUUGAGAAGAUCACGGCAUUCCCUGGUCGUAGUUAUGCUUUUGUUCGAUUUAGGAGUGUAAUGUCAGCAUGCAGAGCGAAAGAUGCUCUUCAGGGAAAAUUAUUUGGAAAUCCCCGUGUACAUAUUUGCUUUGCAAAGAGUGAAACAGGUUCAUCAAACAGUGGAAGGAAUUUAAUGAAUGUCCCUCCAUCACCACAUUUUAAGGGGAAUGACCGCUCAGGAUCGCCUGAGAAUUUUCGAGAGGAGAGCAAGUUUGGGAGCUUAACAGGGAAUCCUAGCAUCAGAUCUCCUCAGUAUUUCCCAGAUUUGGAUGCUGGUGAUUCUGAUCCCUAUAGUUUAAAUAAAAAAGGGAAUUUAUGGACAGGUGAAAACAAUACGUUUGACCAGAGGUUUGGGGAAAUGGGGUCCGAACUAGGACUAUCGGAAGAUACGUAUGAUCAUCGGGGUAGUCCUAAAAGAGAGAAAUAUGCUCAUUUACACAAUUAUUCUCAGAGAUUUCCUCAGACAAGUCAACCAUAUGAAGAACCAUGGGACUUGCCGGAAGAUAUUCAUUUCCAUCAUGGGGCCAAGAAAUUGAAGACAGAGUCUUUUCUUCCUGACAGAGAGCUUCCAGAGUAUGCCCUAUCUGACUUCGAACAAGAAAGACAUGGUUUUCCUAGAUCAUACUCUGAUUUUCCCCAAUCUGACAGUUCUAAAAGAAACUUUGAGGCAGGGCCUUUUGGUUGCAAACAGAUCCCAGAGCGACCAAUGAAUUUUGCUCUACCUCCAGGACAAAGGGGUGACCGCUGGAAAGAAUCUUAUGAUAAUUUUCAGGUGAACUCGGGUUCUCAGCUAGCAAAUCCUGUUGAUAGGAGAAGAUUUACUCCUGAACCAGACCAGUCUUCUUUCAAUGUGUGGAAAUGGGAAGGGACUAUAGCAAAGGGAGGAACUCCUGUCUGUCGUGCUCGCUGCUUUCCUGUGGGAAAAGUUCUUGACAUGAUUUUGCCUGAAUUUUUGGAUUGUACUGCAAGGACUGGUCUAGACAUGCUUUCGAAGCAUUACUAUCAAGCAGCAAGCGCUUGGGUUGUGUUCUUUGUCCCUGAAAGUGAUGCUGAUAUUGGAUACUACAAUGAAUUUAUGCAUUAUCUUGGGGAGAAGCAGCGCGCAGCCGUUGCUAAGUUAGAUGACAAGAAUACCUUGUUUCUUGUACCCCCAUCAGACUUCUCAGAGAAAGUGCUGAAGGUUCCAGGGAAACUCAGCAUCUCUGGUGUUGUUUUGAGGUUAGAGCAUCCUAGUUCCAAUUUUGGAUCUCAUCACCAGCAACAUGAAAGAAAAGAUAGGAGGUUAUUGUCGUUUCCCGGGGACGCAUCAUAUACAAAUCCAUCAACACCUUCAGAAUCUAUUCAUCCAUUUACAUCUUUACCUGAUUCAAGUAAACCAGGAGGUAGCAAUCUCUCUUUCUUGGGGAAUUUAAUUACAUCAGCUCCACCAGCGUCAUAUUCAGGUUCAGCUCAUGGUGUUGGCAAUGGAUCUGAGUCUUACAAUGAAAACAGGCACGAUUAUCCACUACAUAAGGGAAGCCCUACAUUGGGGCCAAAUUGGUCUUCUCACCACCUGCAGAACUCAGUUUCUGGUAGUCGAAAUAGACCAACCCAAAUGUCCAGUAUUGCCGUUGAUCCUAUUCAUCAGGAUCAUAGGAUCAUGCAAAGGGCAGUGCAAGAGUCAAGCACUGCAGGUGGAAUUUCUCAUAUUCGAAACAGCAGUUCAUCACUCCAUGAAACCCAAUCGUCACCUUCUUUGGCAGCCCUGCAGCCAGACCAACUUGCACAACUGGCAUCAUCUCUUCUUGGGCAGCAGAGGCAGCCUGGGAGCACUCCAAAUCCAUAUACCAGAGAAGAUUUUAGGCAGAGAAACACAAUGAAUGAGUCUGACAACCUUCCAAGGACAUCCCAGAGAUUUGGUCUGCAGAAUAAUCAGGUGAGUUCUGAAUCAUCAACAUCUCAGUUUGGUCAAGUUCAAGAGUUGCAGCAGCUGCAACAGCAGGUAUCAACCGUGUCGGCAAUGCCUCACAUGGGCCAAAGAGAGCUUCAAGCAGUGGUUCAGGGAAAUCAACAGCUGCAAAGUAUUAGCUCAAAUGAAGCUGUGGAAACUGAUCCUCAGAAACAACGGAUGCAAGCAACAUUACAGUUGGCAGCAGCUCUUCUUCAGCAAAUCCAAGGAGGGAAAGGAAGUUGACUAGAGUGUGUUGGUCUCAUCUGUUUGUGUGAGUGAGUAGCAAAUAAAAUUUUGAUAAUCUUCCAUGGGACAACUACUUGUGCUAAUACAAGGAAAUUCAACAUUCGACAUCUGUAACAGAGUGCAGUUGCACAUUAAUUUUGCUUGCUUUCCCUAGCAAACUCAGAAUUAGAUGUAAAUACUCUUUUCUUUUUCUUUUUUUCUUGUUGGGGUUCAAGUAAUUGAACGUUUAUUGGUUGUGUUGUCCAAUGGAAAUGCUAACUUAUUUACGUUCUAUUUGGACUUAGUUGAAGAAGUUUGGAUCAGCUAGAUUUGAUAGUUAAACUGAACUGGAGCGUCUCUUUUGCUUCGUUCUUUUAUGUC